AAAUAGUGGGUGGUAGGCAGGUCUAGUGUUUCUGUGUCAACGUCAGAGGGCCACACUGGGACCUGGUCGGGCCCAGUGAGACAGCCACGAGAGAAAACUAGCACUGACUCAACUGCCCGAUUUUUCCACAUUUCUUAAGUGCCGGUUUUCUUGGGUUGACCAUUCACUUUCAUUGUGGUGCCUGCCUCGGACUAUUUGAUUUGCCUGUGGGGACAGGAAAAAAAGUCGACUGCGUUUUUUGCGUCCAGGCAGACAGAAAAGCAGGAUGAAUGGAAUGAGUGCUUAUAAGAAAGUAAACUUUUUUCCUACGCAGAAUGGGCUUGGGAACCGCUUUCCUUUGAGUCCUUCCGCAUGAAACAUGGCCCUAUAAGCGCGGUACUGCAAGAGCUCCCUCGAGUCCAUCUCUAUGCUAGCGUUAUCUUGCUCUCUCUGGGCCGACCAUUCCUGUUAGCGCAGGAACCGCGGACCUUACUCUGCUCUACACAGAACCUCCCCAACUAGUUUCCAAGGUGUGCAACUCAAGAAAAGUGACCCAGAACAAGCAACAGCCAGCCUUUGGCGGAGAGGCAAAAAUCUCGUGGUCCUUGGUAACAAACCGGCCUCCUACCUCCCGCCUGAUCCCGUCUCUGGCUGAUUACCGCCUCGGCGCGCCGCAGUCACCCAGACCAACACCGUGCCAGCCCCUCUGGCCGCUAGGAAAACUCGGCGUGCGGAACCCGCACGCGGAAGCGCCGGCUGCACUGAGCAUGCCCAGUUGUAGUGUCGACCAGAGGAGUUUUUUUUUUUCUUUUUCUUUCUUUUCUUUAUUUUUCUUCCUUUCUUCCUUCCUUUUUUUUUUUGGUCUAAAGUAGGAAGCCGCCCCCCCCACCAGCCCCCCACCAUCCCCGGCCUAAGCAGCUGCCAUGGCCGAAGUGCUCGGCGCGGCGUUGUCCCAGGCGGGUUGGUAUCUUUCAAAUGAAGGUGUUGAAGCUUGCACAAGUUCUCCUGACAAAGUCAAUGUAAAUGACAUCAUCCCGAUUGCUCUCAAUACAGACUUGAGAACCAUUGGCAAGAAAUUCCUCCCCAGUGACAUCAAUGGAGGAAAAGUAGAAAAGCUUGAAGGUCCGUGCGUUUUGCAAAUUCAAAAAAUUCGCAAUGUUGCUGCACCAAAGGAUAACGAGGAAUCUCAGGCUGCACCGAGAAUGCUGCGUUUGCAGAUGACUGAUGGUCACAUAAGCUGCACAGCAAUAGAAUAUAGUUAUAUGUCAAAAAUAAGCCUGAACACACCACCUGGAACUAAAGUUAAGCUCUCAGGCACUGUGGACAUAAAAAAUGGAUUCCUGCUCUUGAAUGACUCUAACACUACAGUUCUUGGUGGUGAAGUGGAACACCUUAUUGAGAAAUGGGAGUUACAGAGAAGCUUGUCAAAACAUAAUAGAAGCAAUAUUGGAACUGAAGGUGGACCACCUCCUUUUGUGCCUUUUGGACAGAAGUGUGUAUCUCAUGUCCAAAUGGAUAGCAGAGAACUUGAUCGAAGGAAGACAUUGCAAGUUACAAUGCCUGUCAAGCCUGCAAAUGAUAAUGAUGAAUUUGAAAAGCAAAGGACUGCUGCUAUUGCAGAAGUUGCAAAGAGCAAAGAAACCAAGACAUUUGGAGGAGGUGGCGGUGGUGCUAGAAGUAAUCUCAACAUGAAUGCUGCUAGUAACCGAAAUAGGGAAAUUUUGCAGAAAGAAAAGUCCACCAAAUCAGAGGGGAAACAUGAGGGUGUCUACAGAGAACUGGUUGAUGAGAAGGCUCUGAAGCACAUAACAGAAAUGGGCUUUAGUAAGGAAGCAUCAAGGCAAGCUCUUAUGGAUAAUGGCAACAACUUAGAAGCAGCAUUGAAUGUACUUCUUAACAGCAAUAAACAGAAACCUGUUACAGGUCCACCUCUGAGAGGUAAAGGAAAAGGCAGGGGGCGAAUAAGAUCUGAAGAUGAGGAAGAACUGGGAAACACAAGGCCGUCAGCACCAAGCACCUUAUUUGAUUUCUUGGAGUCUAAAAUGGGGACUUUGAGUGUGGAAGAACCUAAAUCACAACCGCAGCAGCUUCAUCAGGGACAACACCGAUUGCUGAAUACUGAGCAAAAUGGAAUAAAAGAUAAUAAUCAAUCAAGAUAUCUUCCUCGAAGUGAUACCAGACAGCCAAGAAAUGAAAAACCUCCUCGUUUUCAAAGAGAUACCCAAAAUUCAAAGUCAGUUUUAGAAGGCAGUGGAUUACCUAGAAAUAGGGGAACUGAAAGACCAAGUACUUCUUCAGGAUCUGAAGUUUGGGCUGAAGAGAGAAUCAGAUGUGAUAGACCAUAUUCUAGAUAUGAUAGAACUAAAGACAUUUCAUACCCUUUAAGUUCUCAGCACAAUGAUGGUGCUUUUAAAAAAAGGGAUAACUCUAUGCAAAGCAGAUCAGGAAGAGGUCCAUCCUACGCAGAGGCAAAAGAAAGUCCACUUCCUCAAGAAUCCAUAGAUUAUAAUAAUCAAAAACGUGGGAAGAGAGAAAACCAAACAGCAGCAAAUCCUGAUUAUUUUUAUGACAGGAAACCACGAACAAUAAAUAAUGAAGCUUUCAGUGGUAUAAAAAUCGAAAAACAUUUUAAUGUAAAUACUGAUUACCAGAAUCCUGUCCGAACUAAUAGUUUCAUUGGUAUUCCAAAUGGAGAGACGGAAGUACCACUGAAGGGAAGGCGAGUAGGACCCAUUAAGCCGGCAGGACCCAUCGCAGCUGCACCCUAUGAUGAUAAAACAUUUUACAAUAGUGGGCCCAAAAGAAGAUCUGGGCCAAUUAAGCCAGAAAAAGUACUAGAAUCAUCUAUUCCUAUGGAGUAUGCAAAACUGUGGAAACCUGGAGAUGAAUGUUUUGCACUUUAUUGGGAAGACAAUAAGUUUUACCGAGCAGAAGUUGAAGCUCUCCAUUCUUCAGGGAUGACCGCAGUAGUUAAAUUCAUCGAUUAUGGAAACUAUGAAGAGGUGCUACUAAGCAACAUCAAGCCCAUUCAGACAGAGGCAUGGCUCCAGGGGAGCUGGAAAUGCACAGGAGGAAUCAGAAGACCUGGGUCGUGUCCUGGCUCUGCCACUUACUACCUAUGUGACUUUGGGAGGAAGAAGGAACCUAUGACCAGACCCUCGAGUUCCGCAGAGGAGGUGAUGGCCAGCCACGGCGAUCCACUCGGCCAACCCAGCAAUUUUACCAACCUCCCCGGGCCCGGAACUAACAGGAAAAGAGUCUCGAUGAAGAAAGGAGCCCAUGAUGGAAACAUCCUGGUGAAACCUGUUGGUGGACCUUCCCAUUUUCCUUUGUAGCCAGGGUGGAUAUUAUUAUUUGGAGAAUGAAAAAGCAGAUUUUAGGGGGGAAAAUUUGACCUACACAAAGAAUGGGGAAAAACACUGAACUCAGUGAAACAAAUACAUUUUACAAGCGAAAGAAUUUUUUCUUCUGCUAUCAAUAAAACCAAUGUGCUAUUACA